UUUCAUUUGCGUCCGAGUCGCCCAACCAGCUGGAGGUCUUGCGCUUGCAAACGGCAACCAAACGUCUUAGCAACACACACAUACACCUUUUACUACAGACACUCGUGAGGGCAAUGUGCAAAUUCACCAACCGUCUCUUUGUCUUCACGCUGCUGGCGCUGGUGACGCUGAUGGCGCCUGUGUAUGCAGCGGCUAUGCGUGCGCAACACAAAAGCGCUGCAGAUCCGAAAUUUUUGGAUCUUCUGUCGAACGAGGACAACAAUAACUACAAUCUGCAUUACGAUCAGCGGCAGAAGGGUGAAGAGAAUUUGCAUGUGCGCAUGAAUGGGUUCUUUAUCGAAAUGCCUGAUGAUGAAGAUAAAGAUACGGCCGACGAAUUGCAGGAAUUACUAUAUUAUGCCAUACUCUUUGGUGGGAGCGAAGAAAUGUUUAAGCAUUUGAUCGAAAACAAAAAAGGCACCACACCAACACCCGCCAGCUUGGCCUUGAGUGAGUUUGGGCUUUUAAAUGAGAACAAAUUGGACGCGGAAUCACAUUCUAUUGGUCAGCAGAGUGAUGAAUCGGAAGCAGCAAGCAAACAUAAGGCAGAAGGCCGAAAUGUGAACCCCGUUAAGGGCAGUGAUUUGGUGGCCAAUAAUCGGGAGCCAGAGACGAAGCGCGUGGGAUUGAUCACAAAACUACACUUUAACACUUUGCUGAGUUUGCUUAAGCGAAUGCAACGCAACUGAUUCUUGGACACCGCUUUACAUCUCCACAAUACCGCUAGUAUAUAAAAAAAAGUUUAAAACAUGAACUGAAUUUUUCAUUAUACAUAUCGGAUAUAUUUACAAAAAGAUAAUGUAGCUAUAUGCGAAUGUAAAAGGGAAGAGCAAAAGACUGAUGUAUUAAUUUGUAAUCAUAAUUUUUGAAAAAUAAAGAUAAACAUAUAUAUAGCUAAGUACUUAA